AUGUAUAUCCUCGAAGAACUCAAGGUAUUCAUCUUGAGAGCAAAUGGAUUGCAUGAUGUCAUAGGGAAACCUCAAGCCAAAUCGGAAUUCUCCAACUCGCAAGUAAUUGACCUCUCAGACAAUAGUUUAAGAGGUAAGUUACCAUCUGAGUACUUCAAUAUUUGGAAUGCCAUGAAAGUUGCCAAUACAAACAGCGUAUCCCCAUACAUGAAUGGUAACACAAACUUCCAAUAUAGAAAAUGUCCGUGGUCUGAUUAUGAAGCUACAUUGGCUAAUAGAGGCAGGAGCUUAUCCCCAUAUAUGAAUGGCAAUAGAAACUUUCAAAAUAGAAAAUUUCCGUUGUCUAAUUAUGAUAAUUUUGAAGUUACAUUGGCUAAUAAAGGCAGGGACCUAAUAUAUGAGAAUCUUCCAGAUUCCAUGUCAUUUAUUGAUUUGUCAAGCAACAAGUUCCAAGGUGAAAUCCCUGAAGCCAUUGGUGAUUUGAAGCUAAUUCGUGUGCUUAACCUUUCAAAUAACAAUCUCACUGGUCAUAUUCCAUCAUCAUUGGGGGAAAUUAAGAACCUUGAAUCUUUGGACCUCUCUCGAAAUAAGCUCUCGGGAAAAGUCCCUGAGCAACUAGCCAACAUUAACUUCCUUGAAGUCCUCAAAGUCUCUUAUAACAAUCUUGAAGGGCCUAUACCUCGAGGAGCACAGUUCAAUACGUUUAAUAAUGAUUCGUACGAGGAAAAUUCAAGAUUGUGUGGAUACCCUUUGUCAAAAAAUUGUGGAAAUCCUGAAGUCUUGCAGCCCCCACCUCCCUUGGCCUCCGAAGAAGACGAAGGAAUUGAGACUUCGCUCAAGUUUGGUUGGAAGAUAGUUUUGACAGGAUAUGGUGUUGGGCUAAUAAUUGGCCUGUCUCAUGGAUACAACUUCACCGCAAGGAAACAUGAGUGGUUCAUUAAGGUCGUCAGAAAGUGGCAAAGGUUUGUGUAA